CGAAAACAGAUUAAACGUAAACAGAAACCUGCGUGACCAGUGUACUAUUAACGAGUCGGCGGCCGCGCCGCCGCCGCCGCCGCGCCUCCAUUCGACGCGAUGGCGCUCCGCUCGCAACUCCUGCGCACCGUAUAUGCUGGCAAGCAAGCAACACGCCAGCUCCACGAGCUGAACGGUAAGGAGCGGGCGGGAGUGACGAGACUGAGAGAGGUCCUCGACGACCGGCUGCAGGAAAUCAAGAAGGCAAAGACUUGGAAGCAUGAGAGAAUACUCACCUCGCCACAGGACACCAAAGUGAGGGUGCAGGGAGCGGAAGGGGAGUUCCUGAAUUUCUGCGCAAACAAUUAUUUAGGACUAUCGAAUCAUCCCGAAGUGGUAGAGGCAGCGAGAGACGGCCUGCGCAAAUAUGGCGCUGGGCUCAGUUCCGUUAGAUUUAUUUGUGGCACACAAACUUUACAUAAGGAAUUAGAGCAUCGCCUGGCGCAGUUCCACGGGCGCGAGGAUGCCAUCCUGUACGGGUCGUGUUUCGACGCGAAUGCCGGCCUCUUCGAGUCCAUGCUUACGCCAGAGGACGCUGUGUUCUCAGAUGCGCUUAACCACGCAUCUAUCAUCGACGGAAUACGGCUCUGCAAGGCACAGAAGUACCGGUACCCGCACAGAGAUCUCAAUGAGUUGGAGCACUUACUGGCGCACAGCGAAGCGCGUAUAAAGCUCAUAGUAACCGAUGGCGUGUUUUCUAUGGAUGGCAAUGUGGCUCCUUUGCCCGGACUACGGAACCUCGCAGACAAAUAUCGGGCACUGCUUGCGGUUGACGACAGCCAUGCUACUGGGUUUUUCGGAGCUACUGGAAGGGGCACAGAAGAAUAUUGCAACAUAAUGGGCGCGGCUGACAUCAUCUGCUCAACGCUCGGCAAGGCUGUGAGCGGCGCGGCCGGCGGCUACACCACGGGGCCUAAGGAGCUCGUCACGCUGCUGCGCAACGUUUCCAGGCCGUACCUGUUCUCGAACGCACCGCCACCGCCUGUGGUCGCCGCUUCGCUGAAGUCCUUAGACCUAGUGGAAGGAAGCAGCGAGCUUCGCGAGCGCCUCCAGCAGAACACCCGCAGUUUCCGCGAGGGAGUAAAGGCAGCAGGCCUGACCGUGGCCGGCGACGACCACCCCAUAUGCCCCGUCAUGGUCGGCGAUGCCCCGUUGGCUGUUGAACUUGCCUCGGGCAUGCUACAGCGUGGCAUUUACGUGGUGGCAUUCAGUUAUCCCGUGGUGCCGAAGGGCGGCGCGCGAGUGCGCGUACAGCUGAGCGCUGCGCACGCGCCUGAAGACGUCGCCCGCGCGGUGCAAGCGUUCGCAGAUGUCGGCAAAACCAUCGGCCUUGUAAAGGGCUAAG